AUGGCGAAUCCGAACAAUGUUCUUCCUGAUUUUUAUACUAAUCCCGAGAAUCCAUUUUUCUUGCAUCCAAGCGAAAAUCCUGGUUUGGUGCUUGUUUCACCUCCUCUAGAUGAGAGGAAUUACCAUUCUUGGGCCACAUCUAUGACCAUGGCUCUUUUGAGCAAGAACAAAAUCGGUUUUAUUAAUGGCACUCUUCCACCACCACCACCACCGGAACUGGAUCCUUCCUUUCAUGCAUGGCAACGUUGCAAUAUGAUUGUCUUAUCAUGGAUUCAGCGGUCAAUUAGCAGCUCCAUUGCAAAGUCAAUUCUUUGGAUCGAUCGAGCCAGUGAUGCAUGGGCUGAUCUUCGCGGAAGAUUCUCUCACUCUGACAUCUUUCGCAUCUCCGAUUUGCAAGAAGACAUGUAUCGCAUGCAACAAGGUGACAGAGACCGUGAUCAAGUUGUUAGGUUUCUCAAAGGUCUUAAUGAGCAAUAUGCUCAUCCUGUGCGUUCUCAGGUUAUGCUGAUGGAUCCUUUUCCAAACUUAAUUCGAGUUUUUUCAUUGAUAGUCCAACAAGAGAGACAAAUGCAUAGUGGUCUCUUGGUUGAAGAAAAUGGUGAUACCAAAGCUUUUCACAGCUGUUCAGAUAAUCAACAACUAGGGGUAGGCAGGGGCCAUACCACUCCUGAAUAUAUGAAUAAAGGACGUGGUCCAAGUAAGAUGUGCACCUGCUGUGGCAGGCCUCAUCACACCAUUGACACCUGUUAUCAGAAACAUGGUUUCCCUCCUGGUUUUAAGUCCAGGGUUCCCAAAGCCAACUUUGUGGCUCAUUAUGAUACUGGUAAUGAUAUUGGUGUUGUUGAAGAGGUUGACAACCAAGAUGGAAUGAUGACAAUUACUCAUGAGGAAUAUUAG